AUGAAUAAAACAACCAAAAGUGUUGGAGAAGUUAUUGGAAAAGCAUUUGUUUCUUAUAUAAUUACCAAUGCAGAUGAUCUUGUUAUUUUAAUGAAUUUCUUUACUGAAGCAUCAAUAGACGAUUCACCACUUAAAGUUCAUCAUAUUUUUAUUGGUCAAUACUUAGGUUUUAUCAUUAUAUUAGGAAUUAGUCUUAUUGGUUAUGGAAUAUCAACAACUUCAGUACCUGUUGAAAUACUUGGAUUUCUUGGUUUUGUACCUAUUAUUCUUGGUAUUAAAGAUACUAUUAAAGUAGUUAUUAAAUUGUGUGGAAAAUCUAAGAUCGAUAUAAAUGAAAUUAUACCAUCUGACGAAAUUUCUAUUGUUGAACUUGAAACAAUUCGUUGUAGAGACGACCAUAAUGGACAACUUACAUUUGAAUUUCCAAUAGGAAGCGAAAGUAAAAUAAAUGAUGCUUCUUCAAUGAUUCAAUGUAAACAAAAGUUCCUUAUACUAUUGAAUCGUUUUGCAAAUAUUCAAAUAUUAAAAGUUGCAUGUAUUACUUUAGCAAAUAGUGGUGAUAAUGUUUCUAUCUAUACUCCAUUAUUUUCUGAGGCAUCAGCAUGGCAAAUAAUUGUUUAUGUUGGUAUUUUUCUUGGUCUAGUGUUUGUUUGGCUUAUAUUCUGUUAUUUUUUUAUUAAUUUUCGCCCCAUACGAAAAAUUGCACAAAAAUAUGCUUUUUAUAUUGUUCCGAUUGUAUUUAUUGGAAUUGGAAUUUAUAUUAUUAUUUCAUCAAAUUGUUUUCCAUGGUUAAUACGAGCGAUACAAACAAAAAAUUUUAAAAAUGGCUGA